AUGGAGCCGAAGAAGAGCGAAACCUCCCAAGACUUAGCGGGGAAGAGUGAGAUUGGUACCUUGGCAGGGAAGAGUGAGAUUGGUUCCUUGGCAGGGAAGAGUGAGAAUAUCGGUACCUUUGAGAUUGCUUCGAAAUCAGGAGCCUUGACAAGGAGUGAGAUUGAUUUGCAAGCAAGGCUGGCUAGGCUUCGAAUCAUGAAGGACAAACUUUGGGAAUUGAAUGGGGAAUUGAACAGGAAGAAGGAUGUUGUGUGCCUUAUUUUAUCAUAUCCUCCUUUCAACUCCCGGAACAUUGAAACACACAGAGGCUGGAUUCGAGAUGUUUUGGAGAUUACUCGCGAAGUAAGAAAAAAAAAAUACGGGAAGUACAAAGUGAGUGUUUCAGACCUCUCCAUGAAGUACGAAGUGAGUGUUUCAGACCUCUCUUCUAAAAUCACUGGAUUGCUUCAUCAUUCCAUCCAUGAUAUCGAAGCUCAUGUUCCAUCACACAUCCUUGACGCGAUGUGUGGGCGGUGGUCUUCAGGGCAUACAACGCCUAAGAACGCAAUGCUGGAUUUGUGUAUUGACGAUUUUAUGAUUCGCCAAAUUUUACAAAAUAUACAAAUUUCCGAAAUUCAGAGUAUUUUGAUUUCAGGAGUAAAUGAUAAAACCUUUCCGCGCAGACUGAAGAAUCUUCCACCAAUAAGGCAAAUGUUUGAUCUCGUCAUUCAAGUUAAUGUCAAGUCUUGUUGGGCAAUUGAACAUAUGCAGGAUAGAAUCAUAGAAGAAUUGGGUUUCUCAAAAUCUAGCAGAGGGGAAGCAGAGCAAUUGUUGAGAAGCCAAAAUUUCUUAAUCUUUCUUGAUGGCUUCAAUCCAUGGAUGGUGGAAAUGGAUUUGCAUGACCUGGGGAAUGGGUGGUGGAACUCAGACACCACUCAAAAGAUAGUUCUGAUGGGCUAUUCUAGUUUUUCAGUCGUGCCAGUGGCGGAUCUGGAGAUUAGGGGGAGCCAUCAUCUAUUAUCAUGGGAAUUAUUUUGUAAGAAUGUUGGUGAAGUUAUGUCGAGUAUCCAACAACUAGCUGUGCAUCUGUUGAGACAAUGCUCGGGUCAUUUACUAGCCACUGUUCUAAUGGCAAGAGCCUUAAAAGAUGUCAAGAAUGUUCGCAUCUGGCAGCAUGCAUCUCGGGUAAUAGGCUGUCUACCAACAUCACACGCUGAAGAUAGAAUUUUGUUUAAUGCAUUAGCGUUCGUUCUGGAGCAUUUAGGUUCUGCAAAUAAAUGUGUAAAAUAUUGUGCAUCUCACCUAGAGAUGGAAGGAACAUACAGAGUGGAUUUGCUUGAUAGCUGGAUGAAGGAAGACUUAAUCAAAACACUCAAUGAAGGAGAGAAGAUUGUUCAACAUCUUGUCAAUGCCCUCUUGUUGGAAAGCUUUCAAAAUGGAGAGUCAAUCCGAAUGCGAAAAGAAAUUCGUAAGGAGUUAGUGAAUUUUUAUGAAGCUGAAAUGAAUCCAAUACCACUUGUUGAAUUAGAUGGAAGAGGACUCAUGGAGGCACCAAAAAAUGAGACAUGGGAGGAAGCUAAUGAGAUGUAUUUGAUGAAUAAUAAAAUAUCCAAGCUAUUGGAUAAUCCGAAUUGCCCUAAACUCAGCGCAUUGUUCUUACAAGCUGAAGUUGGAGAAUUCUGUCAUCUUGAGGUACUUGAUCUUGAAGGGACUGAAAUCAUAAAUUUACCUGUUUCUAUUGGGAAAUUGACAAAUUUGACAUGCUUGAAAGUGUCAUUUUAUCCCCAAGCUAAUGGCAAUAGAAAAAACAAUCUGUCCAAUAGAAUCAUUCCCCAAAAUGUGAUAUCCAGCUUGCUUCAAUUAGAAGAGUUAAGCAUAGAUGUGAAUCCAGAGGAUGAGAGGUGGAAUGCGACCAUUAAAGAUAUUGUAGAGGAAGUUUGUUGCUUAAAUCGGUUGCAUUUUCUUAAACUUCACUUGCCAGAAGUUUUGCUUUUGAAUGAUUUGAGAAAUGGAUCAUCGUUGAUAAACCUGUCACGGAUGCACUUUAGAUUUAUUGUUGGCAAUCAUCUGAAGCGCAUAAUAUCCCGGUUGCCACAUGAAUCUGCAAUUAAAUUUGAAGAACAAGAAAGUUGCUUGAAGUAUGUGAACGGUAAAGACAUUUCAAUUGAAAUUAAGGAGAUACUCCAGCAUGCUACUGCAUUUUUCCUGGAUCGUCAUUUAAGUGCAACCAGUUUGUCUGAAUUUGGGAUUGAAAAUAAGAUGAAUUUAAAAUGUUGUGUAUUACAGGAAUGUAGUGAGAUUAAAACCAUUGUUGAUGCAAAUGAUCAUGGUCAAGAUAUUGUACUUGAAUCACUGGAGUACUUGAGUCUUCAUUAUAUGAAGAACUUAAGGAGCAUCUGGAAAGGGCCACCACCUAGAUGGAGGGGUCCUCUACACUUUCUAAAAGUUUUGGCAUUGUAUUCCUGCCCCAAUUUGACUAAUACUUUUACUUUGGAUUUGGCUGGAAUGCUUAACAAAUUAGAGGAGCUUGUGGUUGAAGACUGCCCGGAAAUGACCAGCAUAGUGGGGCCUGCUGAUGGUCUAAAUUGGGGGCAAAGGGAGCAAAGCUGCCUACCAAAUUUGAAGAAGAUAUCACUUCAUUACUUGCCUAAAUUGGUCAGCAUUUUCGGAAAUGUACUGAUUGCACCAAGCUUGGAAUGGCUAAGCUUCUAUGAUUGCCCGAGCCUCAAAAUUCUCUUCUCGGAGGAAGUUAGCAGUCAUAAAUUAAAGGUGAUAAUAGGGGAGGCAGACUGGUGGAGUGCAUUGAAUGAAUCAGAACGGUUUCUGCUACAAAAUUUGGGUGCUAUCUUUUUUCCAAUUGAAAGGGACAUAGAUUUGAGGACACAGUUAGCAGAAAUCAAUGAUCAACUUCAAGCUCAGAUGCAAGAAACAGAGCCCUCUCAACAGUCAGGUCUUGAUGACUCCCUGGAGAACCCUGCAGUUGAGGUCGAAACAAGCUCAAAGCAGAAGCAAGUUGCUUAGUUGUACAUAUGCAGUACUAGCUAAGCUAGAGCUACUAUGGAACUGCUGCUCCUUUUAGCUAAAAAAAAGAAAGGGUUGAUACAUGGGUAUCUUUUCAUGAAGUGGCCACUCUCAGAACUCCAUCGUUUUCUCAUUCAAGCUCCCUGCAUGUGACAGAUUAAGGCAUCUAGUUUGGUAUUUUCUGGACAGCUGCCGAUUGUCUUAUUGAUUGUUGUUUGUUUAGUUAUUUCAUGUUGUGCUUGGUUGUGGAGAAAAGGGAACUCAGAACCUUACUUCUCUAAUCUCUUUGAAUAAAUUGUGAUGUGGACUUGUUUAUGCUUUUGAAUCCGGUAUUCAAAAACAACAUCCUUCAGUUUGUUUGUAUUGAAGUGACAAUCAGUUUUAUAUAAUGUACCCUUGUUUAAGCAGUGUUACCCUCCAAUAAAUUUUGAUGUUGAUUUGAAAA